AUGGCGGCCACGACCGAUGAAUCGAGAGCUAUCGGCACGGCUCUCGGGAGCGCGGUCUCAUCGCCGCCGGCGUCGGAGGCGGCGAACGCGAAGGACGCCGAGAAGCUCCGGUUCAUCAAGGAGAUGACCUCUGACGUGGACUCGCUGCAGGAGCGCGUCUUGGCCGAGAUCCUCGCCCGGAACGCCGGCACGGAGUACCUCAGCAACUGCGGCCUCGACGGCCACACCGACUGCGCCACGUUUCGGGCCAAGGUGCCGGUGGUGUCGUACGACGCUCUGCAACCCUACAUCCAGCGCAUUGUCAACGGAGACCGAUCGCCCAUCCUGUCGACGCACCCCGUCUCCGAGUUCUUCACCAGCUCCGGCACGUCCGCCGGCGAGUGCAAGCUGAUACCCACCGUCGAGGACGAGCACGACCGCCGCCAGAUGCUCUCCAAUCUCUUCAUGGCAGUUAUGAACUUGUACAUGCCUGGACUUGAUAAGGGGAAGGGCCUCUACUUCUUUUUCGUGAAGCAGGAGACGAGGACGCCGAGUGGCCUCAUGGCGCGCCCUGUCCUCACGAGCUACUACAAGAACGAGCAGCUCAAGAAGCGUCCGUACAGACCCUACCGCAGCUACACCAGCCCGACGGCGGCCUUCCUUUGCGCGGACGUGUUCCAGAGCAUGUACGCGCAGAUGCUGUGCGGCCUGUGCCAGCGCCACAACGUGCUCCUCCUUGGUGCCGUCUUCGCCGCCGGCCUCCUGCGCGCCAUCCGCUUCCUCCAGCUCAACUGGGAGCAGCUCGCCGCCGACAUCGACGCCGGCAUUCUCACCCCACGCGUCACCGACACGUCCGUGCGCCAGGCGGUAUCCGGCAUCAUCCGGCCAGACCCCGACCUGUCGCAGUUCGUACGGGACGCACUGCGUAGUGACGAGUGCUGCAACGGCGACUGGGCCGGCAUCGUCACCCGCAUUUGGCCCAACACCAAGUACGUCGACGUGAUAGUCACCGGCGCCAUGGCGCAGUACAUCCCGAUCCUGCGACACUACUGCGGCAACCUGCCGCUGGUGAGCGGCACGUACGGAUCCUCGGAAUGCUAUUUCGGCAUCAACCUCCGCCCGCUCUGCGACCCGUCCGAGGUGGCGUAUACCAUCAUGCCCAACAUGGGCUACUUCGAGUUCCUCCCCAUGGACGACGAGGCCGCCGACGACGGCAAGGCGGCGUCGGGAAAGCUCGUUGACCUCGCCCGCGUGGAGGCUGGGCGCGAGUACGAGCUGGUGAUCACCACCUACGCCGGGCUGAACCGGUACCGCGUCGGCGACGUGAUCCGCGUGGCGGGGUUCCACAACGCCGCGCCGCAGUUCCAGGUCGUGCGCCGCAAGAACGUGCUGCUGUCCAUCGAGCUCGACAAGACGGACGAGGCGGAGCUGCAGCGCGCCGUGGAGCGGGCCUCGGUGCUGCUCCGCCCGCGCGGCGCGUCCGUGGCGGAGUACACUAGCCACGCGUGCACCAGGCGCAUCCCGGGGCACUACGUCAUCUACUGGGAGCUGCUCGUCACCGGCGCCGCGGUGGACAAGGAGACCCUCGACGGGUGCUGCCUCGAGAUGGAGGAGGCCCUGAGCAUAGUGUACAGGCAGAGCCGGGUGGUGGACGGCUCCAUUGGACCGCUCGAGAUCCGCGUCAUCCGUCCCGGCACCUUCGAGGAGCUCAUGGACGAUGCUAUCUCACGCGGCGCCUCCAUUAACCAGUACAAGGUGCCCCGCUGCACCACGCUCCCGCGCAUCGUCGAGCUUCUCGACUCGUGCAUCGUGUCCAGCCACUCCAGCCCUGCCCUGCCGCACUGGACACCGGUGCGGCGUUCCUGA